CUCAUUUCAGUCAUUGCCCCAUCUCUCUCUUUCUCUUUCUCUCUCUCUCUCUCUCUCUCUAGCUACAAACACACACAUGGCAGAGCUAGACUACCAAAAUACUAAACCAAGCAAUAAUACUACCACCACACGCUUAAAGCUCUUUGGCUUCAACGUCCAAGAAGAUGAAGAACCAGUAGAUUCGGCCAAGACGCCAUCUGGGUCACCGGACUCGGGCUCUUUCCCGCCCUCCGGUGACCGGAAAUACGAGUGCCAGUACUGCUGCCGAGAGUUCGCAAACUCGCAAGCCCUCGGUGGACACCAAAACGCUCACAAGAAAGAGCGACAACAGCUCAAGCGGGCCCAGCUCCAAGCCACCAGAAACGCCGCCGUCGCGUACGUUCGCAACCCAAUCAUAUCGGCUUUCGCGCCUCCGCCGCACCUCCUGGCUCCGGCUGGCACAGUGGUGGUCCCGGCUGGGUCGCCGACGGGUCACCCUUCUUAUUUCUACGUUCCACGCGCCGCGCCCCCGUUCCACGUGUCGCAUGGGAGUGUGUUUUCUACGAGCAGUGGUACCGGUUCUAGUCCUGGAACGGGCGGGAGAGGUGCAGCGAUGUUAUCGUGUGCUGGCUCUGUAGGGGAUUCGUCGGCAUUGACGAUGGGCUCGCAGGUAGUACAGAGCCGGGCCCAUGGAAGGAGUGGUGAUGGGCCGUCGUUGAGUCGGUUCUCCAAAGGGGAUAGCGGGCCCAAUUUCGACGAUGCAUUCGGCUUGGACUUGCAUCUUAGCCUUGCGCCGGCUGCGCCAUGAGUUCGUUCGGCUUGGCUUUGCUUGGAUGGUUAAGAGACUUAAGACUUAAUUAAGCUUAAGCACCAAUGGGUUGGGUUUGGGACUCGGCUCACUUAGCUGAGAAUUCAGAAUAGCUCAUGUUUCUCAUCCCAAGUUGGAUCUUGUACAUUCCCACAUUUAUUUAUUUUUUCUUAAAGGAAGUGAUUUGGA